ACGUCCCUGCACUUCAGUGUUGAGUAACGCGCCCCGUUCUCAGUGCUGUCAAACGUGGAAUAUCAUCAAAAACACAAAAAAGGAAAAGAAAGCUAUGAGAACCCCAUCAAAUAAUAACAAUAUAUACAAUAAUAUUUAAACUGGACAAAUUCAAUAUCAUCAAGACGGCCACGAGCUUUGAGGAAAUAGCUGUAAUGGAACCGGCAGCCUGUGAAGAUCUCAAGGCCUUCGAGCGGCGCCUCACCGAAGUGGUUUCAUCGUACCGCCCCUCGACGUUCCGCUGGCGCAAACUUCUUGCAGUUGUCCUCUCCGCCAUGUCCAUGUGCACCGCCAUCAGCGCCUGGUACUGGCUGCGCGAUCCGCGCACCACCGUCGUACCGCUAACGGAGUCCCUCUGGAUCCAUCCGAUCUUCACAGUCGCCACCCUGACAUUGAUCGUCCUCUUCAUCCUGGGCAUACAGAAACUAGUCAUAGCGCCGCAAAUCAUUACAUCGAGAACGCGAACGGUACUGGGCGACUUCAAUAUGAGCUGUGAUGACACGGGGAAGCUGAUACUCAAGCCGCGACAGAGUAACAACAACAGUACAUGAGCACCGGCCAGCUUCCAGGACAUUUAUUUAGUUAAUUGCUAGUUCCCUUCUACUUUUCUUUUUGCCUAUAUGUUGAUUCGGACACCCUCGCUUUGUAAGCGUCAUUUUAAAGUACCUCUAAUUUAAAGCCCCCUUCCCCCUACUUUUGUUUAAUUAUAGAAGCUCCAUUGUACAAAAAACAAAAAGAGAAGAAAUCAAUUGUUAAGCUUUAUGUGUUUCGUUAAUGGCGUUACCCAUCGCUGCCAAAUACACCAAGCGACAUUUCAAUAUAA